CGCUGUUUUCAAGUUACUAGCGUGAGGGGAGUAAGUUAGCAUUUCUGGCAUACGUUGAAUACUUCAAAACGCGCGAAAUAACCGGGACUACCAAUGGCAACAUCUUUCCUCUAUACAACAAUUGACCAAUAUAAACUAAAUGUAUUGAAUAACAAAAAAAAUUUUCUGUGACGUGUCAAAGAAUAUUUAUAAUUUUUAUUAUGUUUAUUAUUAAUGGAACUUUCAUGUUAUUAUAUAUUUCUUGUCAUAGGAAUUUUCAUAACGUUCAUGAACUACACUGAACAGUUCCCGCCUUUGAAUUUUUUUCGUAUUCACAGCCGCUCAGAGACUGUACGUGAAACAUCGUUGCUCACUGAAUAGCGUGUAAAGUGUUUAUUUAAACUUAUUCAAGCGUUAGAAUUUUAUUUUAUAAUACUUCAAAUUAUCCUUAGUUCUUUGUCAUUUCUGUUUGAAGUGACACACAUUUUUUUACGCAUUAUAAACAUUAUUACAUUCGUAACCUCAUCAUGUGUGCUGAAGUAAAAAGAGCACCUAAGAAAAAAGCAUCUAAAUUAUAUAAAAUGCCAGAUCCUAUAUCGCCUGGCGAAAUAUUAACAGACAUAACGAAAAAACAGUGGAUUCUUGGCAAGUCAAUCGGUAUUGGAGGAUUUGGCGAAGUUUAUUCUGCUGCUCCAUAUAGUGGGAAAACUCCAAAGGAUUAUCCAAAUGUAAUUAAAAUUGAACCACAUGGAAAUGGACCGUUAUUUGUAGAAAUGCAUUUUUAUAUGAGAAAUGCUAAAUCUGAUGAAAUUGAUAAUUGGAGAAAGAAGAAGAAACUUUCUAAGCUUGGUAUGCCACCAUAUAUUGGCUCUGGAAGUCAUGAAUACAAAAAUAUUAAAUAUAGAUUUAUAGUGAUGGAACGAUAUGGUACAGACUUAUGGAAACUAUUUAAAAAUAAUAAUAAACGAUUCCCAGAGCACACAGUGUAUAAAAUAGCUUUACAAAUAAUGCAUGUACUAGAGUACAUCCAUUUUAAAACAUAUGUUCAUGCAGAUAUAAAGGGUGGAAAUUUAUUGUUACACUCAAAUUCUCUAGAUCAAGUUUAUUUAGUAGAUUUUGGAUUAGCAUCCCAUUACACGAAGGGUGAAUAUAAGUUGGAUCCAAAGAAAGCACAUAACGGAACCAUUGAGUAUACUAGUAGAGAUGCUCACAUGGGAGUGCCAACAAUGCGUGGUGAUUUGGAAAUUUUGGGUUAUAACAUAAUUCAAUGGUUAUGCGGUUCACUGUUAUGGGAGAAAGACUUAUCAAGUCCAGCUGCAGUACAAAAGCAGAAGGAAAAAGCAUUUCAAAAUAUUCCGGAAUUUUUAACUAAAAGUUUUCAAGGAUCAGUACCAAAUCCUGUUCUUAAGUUUAUGACUCUAUUAGCGAGUAUGAAAUACAAUGAUGUACCAGCUUAUGAUAAAUUUGAAAAGAUACUAACAGAAGGUUUGAAAGAAUUGUCGCAUAAACCGGAUGGGAAAUUGGAAUUUAAAAAUAGUAUUCAUGAUCGUAAACUGGAUAUUUUAAAAUCCCCUAAUCCGCCGAAAGUAAAGAAAACAACAGCGGAUAAAAAUCGGAAAAGUCCGCGUAUAAGGGCAUUAAAGAAUUUAACUCCAGUAAGAAGUCUUGACGACAGUACUGUAGGCAUUAUAAUUGAUAAAAAACGUGGUGGCGUGGCAGAUCUAAAGCAAAUAUUAAAUGAUAUUGAAUCUGACGAAGAAUACGAUAUAAAAAUAGUUAAAAAAGCGAAAAAAAAUACUGAUUCAGUUUCUGUAAAUAAAAUUAAGGGCGGGAAGACUGUAGUUAAAAACAGGAGUCGAGUUAAGGCGAAAAAUCAUGAUGAAUCAAUUUCGGAUUCUGAACCAGAAAUUAUAUCAAAGGGAUCAAAAUCACGGCCUAACAGUGCUCGAAAAGCAAGGACAUUGGUUGUCCACGAAAGUGCAUCUGAUGAUGAUAUGUUUGAUGCAUAAUUAUUUCGAACAUUAUGAAUUCUGUUUUGAAUGCGAUUUCACGCAUUAAAAUCAUUUCUAUUUGGUAAAAUAUUGUACAUUACUGUAUUUAUAUCGAAAUUUAUAAAAAACACAGUCUGUUAAUAUGUUAGUUAUGCUAAAACCAAUACUAUUUGCAACUGCAUUUUACUUUUCAAAAUUGUAUACAUAUUUUGAUACGUCUCACCUAAAAUAUAAGAGUCGUAGCGUUAAGUGCUGGCUGUUAAACAGUAUUAAUUCUAUAUUUAUACAAAUAAUAAACUUUGUGUACUUUAAAUUAUUUAAACGUUAAAGAAGAGAUUUAAGUUAUAAGCUAAAGUUGAAAUUUUUAUCAAUGUAUGAUUUCUGUACAUGUGACUAUUUUAAUAUAGAUACAAACACAUGUCUGUUUA